AUGAAGAUUCUGCAGACGUUUAAAUUGAGGAAUGAUAUAAAAUCAUGGUGGGAAGAUGAAAAUAAAAAUGGUGGUGAGAUCUAAUUUGAUAUACCAAAAUAAUUUAUUAAUAUUUAUGAUAAUUUAUACUAAGUUAUUUUAUAUGAAGUGAUUGGACAAUCAAAUGAACAUUUGAAACAUGUGUUUAAAAGAAGUUACGUAGGUAAAUGGGAAUAAGAAUUGAAUUAUGGCUAGAUAUUGAUCCAAAGGAUUAGCAUGAUUUGA